AUGGAUAGAAAACGACUCCUGCACGAUGACCAUGCCGAGACAAGCUCCUCUUACCCGACAAAGCGGCAGAGGACUUUGACUAACGACCUGGGCAACACUAUCCACGAGCCGCAAAACAGAUCGCCUUCGCACGAUGAUUACACCAUCGCCUGGAUCUGCGCGCUGCAUAUAGAGAUGGCAGCAGCCCGUGCCAUGCUCGACGAGAUUCACGAAGACCUGCCUCGAUAUGCGAACGACAGUAACACCUACAUGCUUGGCAGCAUCAAGCAACAUAAUAUCGUCAUCGCAUGCUUGCCAACAGCACAGUACGGGACGAAUAAUGCGGCGAACGUAUUGACCCAUUUGAUCCGGACCUUUCCGUCAAUUCACUUAGGUUUGAUGGUGGGGAUCGGAGGCGGGGUACCGAGCAUGGCCGAUAUCCGUCUGGGCGACAUCGUAGUGGGAACGAGGGUGAUGCAGUGUGAUCUAGGGAAGAUUGUCGAGGACGGACAGAUCUGGCGGACAGCAACUCCAAGGAUUCUUCAACAUCAGGUUGGCACACUUGUGUCCACUUUGCGUUCAACACAUGAGCUGGAGCCCAGUCAAGUCCCAUCCAUCCUGGAGGAGAGGCUCGAGGAAUACCCUGAGUACGGUCGACCGAGCUUACCAGAUUACCUCUUCCAUGCCUCGUAUGAUUAUGUAUCUUCAACGCCAAGCUGCGACGGUUGCGACGACUCGAAGCUAGUUCCACGAACAAGGCGGGUGUCGGGCGAUCCGCUGAUCCAUUACGGUGCUAUCGCCUCAGGGAACCAAGUCAUGAGAAGCGGCACUGCCCGGGACGAUAUUGCUCGAGAACUGGAUGUUAUAUGUUUCGAAAUGGAGGCUGCUGGCCUGAUGGAUAUUCUACCUUGCCUUCCAAUUCGGGGCAUCUGCGACUACUCGGAUUCUCACAAAAGCAAAGAAUGGCAGAGGUACGCAGCAGCAACUGCCGCUGCAUACGCCAGAGAACUAUUAUCAGUACUCUCCGUAGCCGAAAUACAGGCAAAAGCUACCUACAUGCCCAAUUCUCACUCAUCGAACGAUCAUCGGCGGCGCUUGUUGGAUUCCCUCAGAUGGUUCCUCAACCACCCCGACUAUCGAGCAUGGCUUGAUCCCGGGAGGUUAGAGCAGCAUCGUGGCUUUUUGUGGAUUAGUGGUAAGCCGGGUGCUGGCAAGUCGACUAUUAUGAAGUUCAUAUACUUGAGCAUGAAGAAGAAAGACCGCGCCCAGCAUGCCAUCACUGCUUCCUUUUUCUUUAACGCUCGGGGCGACUACUUGGAAAAGUCCAUCUUGGGCAUGUAUCGAUCAUUACUGCACCAGCUACUCGAACGGUAUCCUGAUCUCCAAGGAGUUUUAGAUGAUCCGGACCUUACUCCCCAUAGUCAGGAUGGCUGCCCUACUUUAAGUGUUCUCAAGGACCUUUUCCGCAAUGCAGUUUCCUCUCUCGGUCAGCGCUCAUUUACUUGUUUUAUCGAUGCUCUCGAUGAGUGUGAUGAACAACAAGUUGUGGACAUGGUCCAAUACUUUGAGGAGCUGAUAGAGCAAUCUGCGAAGGGCACCCUGCUCCGAAUCUGUUUCUCCAGUCGACAUUAUCCCUACAUUGUGUUACGACAGGGGAUCCGGUUGACGCUGGAAGACCAGACAGGCCACGCUGAAGACUUGGAAAACUACAUCGGAAGCCGCCUCCGAAUCAACGACCCUGCACUUGUCGAAGAGCUGCAACCCCAGCUUCUUGAGAAGGCUGCUGGUGUUUUUCUGUGGGUUGUCCUCGUUGUCGAAAUUCUCAACAAGGAAUAUCGACAGGGUGGACUGGCUCUGCGGAAGAGACUAGCAGAAAUCCCCAGCCGCUUGAGCGAACUGUUCAAGGAUAUCCUGAGGCGCGAUAAUGAGAAUAUGGAACACCUCCUGCUCUGUAUUCUCUGGAUCCUUUACUCAAAGCGGCCUCUACGACCAGAAGAAUUUUACCAUGCUCUUUGGUCUGGGCUAUCACUCAAGGACCUGGCCGAUUCGGAUAUUCCAACUGUCACUGGCCCAGAUGCUAGUAGCUGCAUUGAGAGAUAUAUUAUCAGCUCCUCAAAAGGGCUAGCUGAGAUCACAAAGUCUAAGCAGCAGCCAACAGUUCAAUUCAUCAAUGAGUCCGUACGAGACUUCCUCAUCAAAGAUAAGGGUCUUCAUGAACUUUGGCCGGAUCUUGGAUUUGACUGGGCGAUUCCAAGUCAUGAGAGGCUCAAGCAAUGCUGCAGUGCCUACAUAGAUAAUCACUUGGCGCGCAUUUCUUUGGUAAACUCCAACAAGCAAGGGGAAAUCUCAAAGCAAUUCCCAUUUUUAGAGUAUGCCAGCUGCCAUGUGCUCUCCCACGCCGACAUUGCAGCAAGAGCGAUUUCUCAGGAUGAAUUCUUAACCAAGUUUCCUACUUCUGAUUGGAUCACUAUCAUCAAUCGGUUUGAAAGGUACAAGGCCCGCCAAUAUACUCCUGAUGCAAGUCUUCACUAUAUUCUUGCAGAUAAGGGAUUCGCGGAGCUCAUCCGCACAAGGCCCAAGAAACACCCGUGCAUUUACUUGCCGGAGGAGAGAUACAAGUAUCCAUUGUUUGCUGCUUUGGCCAACGGCCACAAGCAUGCAGUUGCUGCUCUCUUCGAUCUGUCUUCAAGCUUCUACAAUGGGGUAGAUAUUGCAGAAGGUCUGACGUGCAGGAAAGAUUUCACUGGCUAUAAAGAUCGAACCCCACUAUCUUGGGCUGCCCAGAAUGGCCGAACUAGCAUUAUUGAGCUGCUUCUCCAGGGCAGAAUAACCGUCACGGAGGCGGAUAAGGGGGGCCGAUGGCCACUCUCACGGGCCUCAGAAAAUGGUCAUGAAGCCACGGUCAGGCUCCUUCUCGAGAAGGGAGCAGAUGUCAAUGCAAGCGACAACAACGGCCGGACACCACUCUACUGGGCCUCAGAAAAUGGUCAUGAAGCUACAGCCAGGCUCCUUCUCGAGAAGGGAGCAGAUGUCAAUGCAAGCGCUCAGGAUGGCCGGACACCACUCUCUCGGGCCUCAUGGAAGGGUCAUGAAGCCACAGUCAGGCUCCUUCUCGAGAAGGGAGCAGAUGUCAAUGCAAGCGCUCAGGAUGGCCUAACGCCACUCUACUGGGCCUCAUGGAAUGGUCAUGAAGCUACAGCCAGGCUUCUUCUCGAGAAGGGAGCAGACGUCAAUGCAAGCGAUAAGGAUGGCCAAAUACCACUCCAUUGGGCCUCAUGGAGUGGUCACGAAGCCAUGGUCAGGCUUCUCAUCGAGAAGGGAGCAGACGUCAAUGCAAGCGAUAAGGAUGGCCGCACACCACUCUAUCGGGCCUCAUGGAAUGGUCACAAAGCCACGGUCAGGCUUCUCACCGAGAAGGGAGCAGACGUCAACGUGCGUGACGCAAGUGGAUGGACAGCCCUU